GCUGUCCCUGAGCACAGUCAUGCCUCGAGGUCAGAAGAGUAAGCUCCGUGCACGUGAGAAACGUCGUCAGGUCCGGGGUGAGACCCAGUGUCCUAGCGGUGCUCAGGCCACUGCAGCAGAGGUCGGAGAGUCGCCCACCUCCCCUGUGUCUGGGGGUACUCCCCCGAGCUCCCCUGCUGCUGGCUGUCCCCAGAAGCCUCAGGGAGCCCCAGCCACUAGGUCUCGUGCUGCAGGUGUUUCACGCCCAAGAUCUCAUGUGGGUGCCAAGAGCCAAGUUGAGGAAAGUGAAAAUUCCUCCCAGGCCUCAACCUCCACUCAGAGCCCUCACGAUGAUCUUCUAAGCAGGAAGGUGGGGCUGUUGAUGGAAUUCCUGCUGGAGAAGUAUAAAAUGAAGGAGCCCAUUAAGAGGGCAGACAUGCUGAAGCUUGUCCACAAGAGGUACAGGGAGCACUUCCCUGAGAUCCUCAGGAGAGCUUCUGAGCGCAUAGAGCUGGUCUUUGGCCUUGACUUGAAGGAAGUCAAGCCCAAUGGCCUCUGCUAUACCCUCAUCAGCAAGCUCGACCUCCGCGAAGAUGGAAGUCUGAGCGACGACUGGGGAUUUCCUAAGAGUGGGCUUCUGAUGCCUCUCCUGGGUGUGAUCUUCUUGAAUGGCAACUGCACCUCUGAGGAGGAGAUCUGGGAAUUCCUGAAUAUUUUGGGCGUCUAUGAUGGGAGGAGGCAUUUGAUCUUUGGAGAGCCUAGGAAGCUCAUCACAGAAGAUUUGGUGCAGCAGAAGUACCUGGAGUAUCGUCAAGUGCCCAACAGUGCUCCUCCACGCUAUGAAUUCCGGUGGGGCCCCAGAGCCCAUGCUGAAACCAGCAAGAUGAAAGUUCUAGAGUUUUUGGCCAAAGUCUAUGGUACCACCCCCAGUGCCUUCCCAUUCCAUUAUGCAGAGGCUUUGAGAGAUGAGGAAGAGAGAACCCGAGCCAGAGCUGCAGCCAGUGCUGCCAGUGCUGCCACUACUGCCAAGGGCAGUGCACGUUCUAAGGCCAGGGCCAGUGCACGUUCCAGGGCCACGGCCAGUGCACGUUCCAGGGCCAUGGCCAGCAGAUCCUCUCUCCCCUAG